UGGGGAGGACGCUCGCCCCUCGAGGCUCUGCGCGGCGGCGGCGACGGCGGCGCCCGAGGCCGACGGCGCCUGUGAAGUGUGCGUUGUAGUGAUGUGAUCGCCGCACCCGCGAUGGAGGAUUAUUUCUACCUGGAGGAGGCGGCCUAUCCCAGCGCGGCCUACCGCGGCACGAAGGCCGACUUCGAGGGCGUCCAGCCGGGCGCCAGGCAGGACGCCGUGGGGAGCGGGGGCGCGGCAGCCCCGGGCGACGCCGAGGGCUAUGAGCUCACUCUCCUCGAGUCCCCCUGCGUGUACGACGUGGCUCAGUACCCUGGCUACCCUGGCGGGGGCGGCGGCGACCCCCCCUACGCCGGCUCCCCGCACUUCGCCCCGCACUACAACCAGGGCUGCGACUUCAACGCGCCCCUCGGUAAGCAUCCAGCGCCCCUCCCGGCGAAGGACCUCAGCCUGAGCCUCCUGCAGGAGCCGGCGCCGCACGCAGCCCCGGAGAGGGAGAAGGUCCCGCCGCACAGGACCUUCGUGCGACCGCAGCGCCGCAGGAGGCACCGGCCCCUCGGCAAGGAGAUCGUGCGCACUCGCAGGGUCGCCGCCAACGCCCGCGAGCGGCGCCGCAUGCACGGCCUCAACGAUGCUUUCGACCGCCUGCGGGAGGUGAUCCCUUGCCUCGGCAGCGACAGGAAGCUCUCCAAAUUCGAGACGCUGCAGAUGGCGCAGACGUACAUCGCCGCGCUGCAGGAACUGCUCAAGACGUCGGGGGCGGCGAGGUGAACCAACGCAGACGCAGACGAAGAAAACAUCGCCGGGAGUGUCGUGCAAAAAGCCUGCGGGCACGUGAAUGGCAGACCGAAGGGCCUCGGAGGGACACUGAUCAUAUCGACCGGAAGGUGAAAGACAAAUAACACACACACA